GUGACCAAUAAUAAUUUAUUCACUUAACGUUUUAGUUAUUUAGGCGUUUGUUAACACCGGGGAACUCAAAAUAUGACUUAUUUAACUUCCCAGCAUCACAUAUUUACCCCCAAGUAGUGUUUAAUUCGUGUUGGAGAAAGCACUUGUUGAUAUAGGUCAUCUAGGUAAUGGUAUUUAGCUAGCUGCUAAGAAUGGCUAACUGUAACGAUAUGGUUUUUCACACUCAAAUAGCCUCCAUCAUGGAGGUUCUAGCGAAUACAGCCGUGGCAGAGAUCUGUAAACUCGUAGACGACGACUAUGCAGUGUUUCGUUUGGAAAUAACUCAAAGCCAGAAAGAAAACAGGACAUUGCGGAGGAAACUACAGCUACUGGAACUGAAGGUGGCACGGGAACGUCGUCCCAGUAGUGUCAAGAUCCUCGAGCGAUACAGAGGACUGGCAAGAGGUGAAGGACAUCUCACUGGAGGUCACAGGAGCAUUGUGAAGCCAGCAGGACACAAUACAUGGAGAGAUGACCAACCAAUUACAGUUGAUGAGGGGAGUGGAUCCUCAACCCAGCAUGUUAUCGUGAUAGAGUCUGCAGAGGCUGCAAGUCCCGGGGUGAAGCUAGAGAGGUCUGAAGGAGAGGAGGACCCACGGCACAGGAGAGACAGCCAGACUGAAGUCGAGGACCCUACCACCGCCGCAGCGCAGCCCAGGACCCGACGCAGCACCACGGAGGUCAGUGGAACGCUGAACGCCGUCCUCAAGUCAAAGACAGACAACAAGACUUUAACUGUAACUCACAGUCUCUUACAUACAGGACCUGACCAUAUAUCAGACCCAGGUCUGGGGAGACUGGGCUGUCCUCCUGCUCCCGGCUCAGACUAUUUACCGGUAUUUCACCAGAGCCAGAGGCCUGUUCAUUCCCGUGGGGAUGGAGACACGUUAGAUACUGGUGGUGAUGAUCCUGCUUGUUCUUACACUACAGAGGACCCAGAGGACCUCAACAUGCCCAUGUGUUUAGAGACACAGACAGAUCUGUCUAUAGGGGACUGGAACCAGUACAGUAGUAGUGUAUACUCUGAAGGGUACUUAGAUAAGAAAGGGGAGGGGCUGGUCAUAGAUGAAGUGACUGUGAAAUUGGAGGGUGACCUUCCUCCCACAUGGAAUGCAGAUCACCUAAGAGAAGGACACUCGCAGGGCAGAGAUUUCUUAGACUACAGGGAAAGCUUAGAGACAAAUCCAAAUGUUGCGACCUACUCCCCUUUACACACGCUCAGAGAGCGCAACCCUGUGUCCACGUCGAUGGGGUCUAUUGAUUCACACGGCCACAUCCUUUUCGAUCAGGUAUUGAACUCAAACAGGGAUAAAACCCAGGCAUGGGGAGGGGGAGCAACAUCAGGCAAUAGUAAAGAGAAACGGUUCCUCUGCAUGUUCUGUAACAAAGGCUUCAGCUGCCCCCAGAAGGUGGAGAUCCAUCAGAGGGUCCACACAGGAGAGAAACCAUUCAGCUGCACCCAGUGCCACAUGCGCUUCACUGAGGCUGGCACCCUGAAGCGGCACCAAAGGGUCCACACAGGGGAGAAACCUUACAGCUGCCCCCAGUGUGAGAAGAGGUUCUCCCGCCAGGACAAACUGAAGAUGCACCUGAAGGUCCACACGGGAGAGAGGCCGUUCGCCUGUACGCACUGCGGGAAGAGGUUCUCAGAGAGGAGCUACCUCAGAAUACAUCAGGAAAAAACCCAUUCCACUCUAUAACAUAGAAAGUAACUAUUCCAUUUGAUAGCUUCUGACUUUUAGAUCAAAGCCGCAUUAAAGGUAGACUUUCAAUUUCCGCAACAACUAAGAGCGUUGGAAGUGCAAGGCCCAGACAUUGGAAUAUACACUGAGUGUACAAAACAUUAGGAACACAUGACAUGGACUGACCAGGUGAAAGCUAU